UCCUCUCCAACAGGCAGAAGGAUAUAAGCUUUCUGAGGUAAAAAUGCUUCUGUGUUUGUUUAUAUUCAUUGGCAAGCAAGAGGGUGGAUACGUUAUAUAACCUACUGCUACUCCGUUAGUUUAGGCUGAGAAAGAUCUAAACAGAUGGAAAGAGAUUGGGAGUGAGAAAUCGUUAUGAGAUAAAGCUUCUGCAAAUUCGAAGUGUUCUGAUUCACUGUAAGAAGGACGAAAUUGGAUGCCUGGAAAUCUGGUUAUUGCUCCCAUCCAGUUUCGAUAGGGUUCGUGUACGCUAAUUGAUCAAAAGUGAUGAACUGCCGUAUGCUUUGAAAAGAUGCAUGGAUUCUCUACUGUUGACGGCUUUGUGGAGAUAACUGAAGGCUUGGGAGAGAUGAUUACAUAUGUGGCAAACGAACCCUCAGUAGGGCUGUAUUAUGUUCAGCAGCAUACUCAAAAUGCAGUGCCCAAUCUUGUUGGUUUGAGAAAUAAUGUUGUGAACAAGUCGCGUGAAACAACUUUGCACACUGAAGAUUCUGAGGAUUCCAUUACCAUGGUACAAUCAAUGAAAGAAUGUGGAUUCCCUAUUGCUGAUGAGAUGAUUAGAGACAUAAAGAAAUCUCUUGUGCUUAUGUCUACAAAACAACCAAAAAGAGGGUUAAUUGAUAACCAGGGGUCAGCUUUUCAGCUGGGCAGAGCAAGUUCCUGGAAACCAGGUAGUUGGAGCCGGUCUCCAAGUGUUGCCGGGCAGCAUAGUGAGGGCAGUUAUUUUUCUACUGUACUAAAAUCUGCAAGACAAAAGGCCAGCAAUUUGAAGUGGCCGCAACUUGAUCCUAAAGAAUUAACAGAGGUCGCGUCCUACUCUAACCCACCAGUAUCUGUUGCUACUGCAAGCACUAGUUCGUCUCUACCAGAUACAGAAGCUACAGAAGCUGAUGAGCUGCCUUUGUCAAGUCAUAUUACAGAUGAACCACAAGAAGAACAAGUCGAAGAUAACUUAUCGACUCCCAAUUUGUCUUCAUUGUCAGAAAACUUCGAUGAAUUCAAGGCUGAGAAGGAAGUUAAACUACGAGAGUGGUUGGAAGGGACCGACAAUCUAGAUAAUUCCAGAGCAAGUGAUGCAGAAAGAUCUUAAGCCUGUAUAUACUGAUGUAUCUUGUGUUAGUAGAAUGUGUUUGAAUCAAUCAUACUAUAUAACACGAUUAUUUGAUAAUAAAAAGAAGUCUUCUCAAAUUCUUGUAUGGUUCAAAAAAACCCAAGGAUAGUUGGCUGAGAAGCACAUGACAGAACAAUCAGGUGCGCCAAUACCAUAAAUCAGGUUCAAAUCGAAACGUCGGUAUGAAGUUACAGAUCUUAAACAUGAAGUCGACGAACUUGCUUGACAUGACUGUAGUCGACGAACUAAGAUUCAGCGGAUUAAACUAUAAAGCAUAAAAAGGGCAGUCGAUGUCAUAGCUUGGUCUGGACUCUAUGAACUUCCUUGAUGUGACUGUGCCUGAAACCACCACCUCUCUGCCUUUUAAACGACUCCACUGUUGCUUUCGCCAUUUGAUCACUCAGUUCGUUCUUCUAAGAAUCUUGGCAGCAAGGGAGAGGUCGUGUUCGAUGUGCAAGUCGAGUCCCUUCACUCCCUUGAUGAAUUCAGCGUCCCAUGCUUCAAAGUAAAAGGCAUAAGGCGUACUUGAUGUUGUUCUUCAUAGUUCAUACUAUUGGAGCCGAAACGUCGGCAUAAUCCGGGUUGCUGGUUUACUGGCCAUCUUCAAAAGGGCCCUGGCAUCAGAGGCCUAAGGCUCCAUGCUUUUGUUUUUGAGGUCAUUAAACACCAGCAACAUGAAAAUGAGUGGAU